CCGGGGCAGCGGGCGGAGGGAACGGGUGGGCUGAUUUGGUCCGGGACGCCUCGCCCGCGCCGUCCCUUCGGCGCCGGCCUCUUCCCGCGCGCGCGCCGCUGUCCCAGGGUGCAUUGCGACGCCGUCCUUCCGCCACUGUCCCAGGGUGCAUUGCGGCGCCGUCCUUCCGCCACUGUCCCAGGGUGCAUUGCGGCGCCGUCCUUCCGCCGCUGUCCCGGGGCGCAUUGCGGCGCCGUUCCCCGCUUGCCCCCGUUCCAGGGUGCAUUGCGGCGCCAUCUUUCCGCCACUGUCCCAGGGUGCAUUGCGACGCCCCCCGCCCUAAUCCCAGGGAGCCCCGCGGCGGCGUCCCGUGGUGGCCCGCGGGCGCAGUGAUGGCGGCGCGCUCGCUGCUGGGCCAGGCUGUGGCCUUGGUGACGGGCGCACAGUGGCUCCUGGGUCGCGGAGCGGUGAUGGCGCUCGGGCCGCCGCUGCGCCGCGGGAUCAGCUCGGAGCAGCGGCCGCGGCGGCCCCUCACGGCCUAUUUCCGCUUCCUCAAGGAAACCCGCCCCGCGCUCCGGGAGAAGCACCCAGAAAUGAGCAAUGUGGAGCUGGUUAAAAAAAUAGCAGGUGCUUGGAAGGAGUUGCCAGCAACACAGAAACAGGUUUAUGAGGAAGCUAGAAAGACUGACUGGCAAAGAUAUGGAGAGCAGAUGGCCGCGUAUAAAGCACAGCUGACUCCAGCCCAGGUGGCAGCUUUGGAAGAAGAAAGGAAAAACCGACUGGCAAAAAGAAGAUCGUUCAGGGCAAAAAGAGAAUUGACUGUGCUUGGAAAACCUAAAAGACCUCGUAGCGGCUUUAACAUUUUUGUGUCAGAAAACUUCCAAGAAAGUGAAGGAGCGUCACCUGUGGCAAAGCUGAAGCAAUUAUUCAAUGCAUGGCAAAAAAUGUCCGGUUCUCAAAAGCAGCCAUACCUGCAGCUUGCAGAGGACGAUAAGGUUCGGUAUGAAAAUGAAAUGAAGUCAUGGGAAGCAAAAAUGGUUGAACUGGGACGUGAGGACCUGAUACGUUCAAGGAAGCAAAGCCCGAGAAAGAAGACUGCUGAAACUGCGAAGCAAGCUGGAACAGCCAAAGGUUCCUCCCAUGGAAAGAAGGCAAAAUCCAAGUUGAAAAAAUCAGAAGAGUAGAGUGGUUAAGUGUUUAAUGUCCUUUGGUUGUUAGGUCUUUGCUCUGCUCUGUUGAUGCUGCAAUCAGCAUUAGCACUGAGAUUGGGAAACCCCACAAAGGGCCCACUGGAAAAAGAGAGAAAGUGAUCAGGUAAGGAAGAAUUCCGUGUCUGUCCGAACUGACUGAAAUCAUCACUGCAGGUGUCACUUGCCCUGCACACCAGUAACCGGUUACUCAAGCUGUGAACAAUGAUACUGACGCCAGCAGGUUUCUCCCAUAACCCUUGGUAACAGCUUUUGUACGGAAUUUUUUAUGAAUCCUCUAUAAUGUCACCAUAAAAUCCUGUAAAUAAGCUGAUAUCUGAGUUAAUGCUGCUGCAUUUUAUUCCCUCCAUGGCAUUGGUAGUGAAGAGAAAUGAUCUACAUGGCAUCAGAAGGCACAAGAAGUGUGAAAUACUAACUUUUAUUUUAUGCAUCCGUCUUUUUGUACAUACCACUCUGUGUAUGCCACUUCUGUUGCAUUCAAUUAAAGACAAUGAGAGUUUUGUAUAAGGACAUCUCUAUGGGGCUUUUAUUCUAUGGUUUGUUUGGAUACAUGCAAACGCUUUUGCUGACCCAGUUGUCACCUUUGGGACAGCCUGGAAGGAAAAGACGUGAACUGCUGGAACUUUGGGGUUUGAUGUAAUAAAGACAGGUAUUUUGAAGA